UCCACACAGUUAGUUUGCUUCAGCGCCCAUUCAAGCAACAGUGCUCUCUCUCCUACCUCUCUCUCACACACACACACUCUCUCUCUCUCUCUCUCUGUGGAUUCAUGUUUGACAUGACGAUGGAGAAUGGGUUUGAUCCUCAACAAGUUCUAUUGCCGGAGCAGCCGCCGCAGACACAGCCGGAUUCCAUCACUCUCCCACCGUAUCCUCAGAUGAUCAUGGAAGCGAUCGAAGCAUGUAACGACGCGAACGGAUGCAACAAAACGGCGAUCUCAAAGCACAUCGAGUCAACUCAGCCAGCUCUACCUCCGUCUCACACGACGCUUCUCAACUACCAUCUCAACCAGAUGAAAAAUUCCGGCCAGAUCGUCAUGGCGAAAAACAACUACAUGAAACCAGAUCCGGAUGCUCCGCCUAAGCGUGGCCGUGGCCGUCCUCCGAAACCCAAACCUGAGGUCGAUCCAAGCCUCGCGCCGGUCCCAGCUCCUUCCGUUUCUCCGCCGAGGCCUCGAGGUCGUCCGCCUAAGUCCAAGGAUUCUUCUUCGUCGGAGCCGUCGUCGGUUCAGGCGAAAUCUAAGGCGCCGAGUGUUUCCGGUAGGCCAAGAGGACGACCACCGAAGAAGGCGAAGACGGAUUCGGAGACGGUUAAAGCUGAUGAGGCACCGACGGCUCAGCCUACCGGCGAGCGUCGAGGUCGUGGAAGGCCACCGAAAGUGAAACCUGUGAUGGUGCCUGUUGGCUGUUGAGUUGCUCGAGCUCUGAGACUUCAUCAAAACUGAAAUAAGCUUUGUUUAGAAACUUUAAUCAAAGAUUCUAGACAGUUCUCUUUUAAUUUAGUACUUUUCUUAUCUUAUUUUGUAAUCUUUAAUUUGUGUGUUGAUGUGUUUGUUAUUUUAGAGGUUUUAGUAGAGAAAUUGUCGUCUGGAGAAUGUAAUUCGACUUUUUGCAUGUGGGGUGUGAUGUAAAUUUCGGGUCUUUGCCCUCUUCUAAAGUAACGCUUGGGU